UUUAUUGCAUGUCUGUCCAUCACAAUAUCAAUCAUAAAUUCAUAUUGCAUUUCCUCUCACGCUCGUUUAUUUCGUCUAUGUAAUUUAUGUUUAUUUCCUUUUUUCACAUGUCAUGCCAUCAGACCGAAGCCCAAACCGAAGAUUACUGCCUCCCGAAGGCUUUAUCUGAAGAUCCAAGUUCUGAAGAAGGCCACCGUUCUAUUGGCUAAUGAGAAGGAGGAGAAGAAGAGAGACAGAGAGACCACUCUGAGCGAAAGAGUGCCACCGCUCAAGCUAUCAGGACUGUCUGUGCAAGACCUACAGAGCCUCUGCAAAGAGCUACACCAGAAGAUUGAUGUGAUAGACGAAGAACGAUAUGACAUCGCAUCCAAAGUUUCCAAAAGUGAUAAAGAGAUUGUGGACCUGUCCCAGAAGAUCUUUGAGAUGAAGGGCAAGAUGAAGCGGCCUGCCCUGAAGAGGGUGAAGAUCUCCGCCGACGCCAUGCUUGGCGCCCUCCUGGGGGCAAAGGUCAAGGAGUCGGUGGACUUCAAAGCCAACCUCAAGACAGUCAAGAAAGAGGAGGAGAAGAAAGAGGAGGUGACUGACUGGCGUAAGAAUGUGGAGGCCAUGUCAGGCAUGGACGGCAGGAAGAAGAUGUUCGACGCUGGACAGUCAUAGGUUCAUGGCACACAACAUGAACCAACCAUGCCGGGAAGUGCAAUGGAGCUGAUGGACGAACGUGAAUGGUGCAACCUUUUGGAACUCCUCUGGAAACAGCAACUGUUAAUUUUACCAUUUAAAACCUCCUGUUUGUGAUGUCAUUGAAUGUGUACUGUACAUAGGCCGGACGGCUGUCCUGCUGUUUCACUAUUUAUUCAGACGCUGCAGUGAAGAAUAUGUGUGUGUGUGCGAAUCAAGGUGGCUUUGCCUUUGCACAACUGUGAGUUGGGGGUCAUGUCAAAAAUGUGUACGUGUGAACAACAACAACAAAAACUUGAAAUGAAAGCAUUUGUGUCUUAUCAGUUUCUCAUUCUUUCAAAUGGGUCUUACGAUAGGCUACAUGUAGAAUAAACUGGAUAUCCAUGGUAAUCCUCUGCUGUUGUGACUCCCUACUCCUGUUGCAUUCUCACGGGCCUCUCACUCCUCACUGCAUGUCAAUCAAUCGCUGGUGGCCUCUGCAUCGCUAAAAGGCUUUCCUACGCAACAGGUGUCAUAACUAACAUAACUAUCAGCUGUGUUUGUAAAUCAGGCCAAGGUAAACAUGGCUACCCGCACACAUGCAGCCCCUUCACAUUAUCAGGGGGAAAGGUGAUGGUCAGGUCAGGUGUUUGAGGAACAGAGAGAGAGAGAGAGAGAAAGAGAGAGAGAGAGAGAGAGAGAGAGAGAGACUACUACAGCUUUACAGUGAAUGACAACCAUUUGGGGCCUGUUGGGGGCCACCUGGUGGCUG